UCCAGGUGAUAACUGGGACACAUUGAUGGCCACCCAACGGACACAAGUAUGUGUCAAUAUGUCCUCUGCUUCUCUGUAGUCCACGUUAACCCCAGAGUCACAUAGAAUACAUUUCAGACUACAGGGAUAACUAUUUCUUUACAUUUGGUGGCUGAAUAUUGAGAGGUUCGUGGUUUGGCAACACUUCUUCCCUGUAAAUGGAUUACCCCGAGGAUCCAGAGGAACAACUCUCGGAGGACGAGAACGAAGAGGAGGAGGAGGGGGAGGAUGAAGGAAUAGAGAUAAUGGAUGAGGAGGAGGAAGAAGGCGAGGCGGAGGAAGAUAAGGAGCCUAAACUGGGCUGGGCUAACCUCCCGGACGUGUGUCUGCGGCAGGUGUUCUGGUGGCUGCGCGACCGCGACCGCGUCAAGGCGGCCCUGGUGUGUCGCCAUUGGCACCAGAUCAUGUGCUCGCCCUCCCUUUGGAGGGUUCGAACCUUCAACUUCUCCGGCCGCAUCUCCAAGACCAGCCGCACGGAGCUGGAGACGGCCGUGUGUUACGCCAAGACAUACGGCUCUUACCUGGAGGAUCUGGAGAUCCGCUUCUCCCACCCCCUGAACUCUCUGGUGUCCCGGCGCUUCCAGCAGACGCUGAGGACCUUCCUCGCCGCGCUGCGUAAAACUGGCGGCCGACUACGCCGCCUAACUGUCAACCACAUGGAGCUGGACCGCGCCGCCUGGUGCCGCAGUGUACGCAAUGCCCUGGUGCGCAGCCUCACCUUCUACCUGCGCCGCGAGGGCUCCUACCUGGGCUACCUGAGCCUGCGGGGGGCCCGCCUCAACCUGCCCCAGGGCCUGGAGGUGCUGGAGGCCGUGGCUGCAGCUCAGCAGCACAUCCACGUGGGCCGCCGGCCUGGCAUCACCCACCUCAACCUGGAGGACUUCUUCUCACAGCCGCUGGCCGUCUUCAUCAGCCCCGCCUUCCCCCAGGUCAUGUUCCGCUUCCAGGGCCUCUGCACUCUUACCCUCAACUACAGCUGUGUGUCGGACGAGCUGCUGGCGGCCCUGUCCGCGGCGUGUAGGAGCCUAGGCGGGGGAGGGUCCCUGCAGACGUUCACCAUACGAUGCCAUAUCCACGAGCCCCACAUCCAGGUGGUCUGGGGGGAUGCCUGGUCCCAUCUGGCCAAGCAUUGUCCCGACCUUCGGGUGCAGAUCACAGUGGAGCGGAUCCUCAACAUGGACAAGCUGGGGAGGAUUCUGCUCAGAGAGAUCCCGCUGCGCUCGCUCAGUCUCACCAGUUGCUACUUCAGUGAACAGGACUGGAGUGCCAAGCCUGCCCUUACCAACCUAGUGCCCUGCUACAGGAGCUGUUUACAGAAAUUGACCCUGGACCUGAACAACAGCCACGAGUCUGUGGACGAGGAGCUGCUGGAGGUGGUGCUGCUGUGCAGCCGGCUAGCCUACCUGAAGGUCUGGGCCUUCCUGGACAUCAGCUUCCUGGAGCGGCUGCUGCAGAAACGCCUGGAAAAGAAGACCAUCCUCAGGACCAUCAAGGUGCGGAUCUACACCAACAAAUAUGAGACUCAGGGUGAGGAUGAGCAGCUGGAGGAGGUGUACUCUCGCUACAGACAACUCAUCAACUCAGAGCUCCACUACUUCGCCAUUUCCUACCCCAUGCUCUGAAGACACAUGGGCCCAAAAAGACAGCAUUUUUAAAAUAAUAGCACCAGUUAAAGGAAGAGGAGGAAGGAAACUACAAUUUGAUACACAAUCAUGAUGGGACUGGCAAAUACAGCACACACUCACACACACACACACUCACAUUCACAAAUGCACACACACACAGCGCCAUUACUGAAGAUAUAAACACACGCUCCACAAUCUGAUCCUCCUUUACUUCUAACCCAAAUAUUGUAUUAAAAUUGCUGCAAACAAUA